CGGCAAUAAUUUGCUUUUACAAGCUGCUGCUUAUUUUAACUUUAGAAAAAACGUUUUAAAAACGUGCUUAGUUAGCCAAACAACGGCUACCAUUGAAAGGAUGGCACUGAAAAUCACCGGCAAAACUGAGGGACAGCUUCAACUGCAUCUCACUACCAAGCAGAAGCAAUUUGCUGUCCCAGAUGUCCCGUACUCCAUCCGAGCCAACGUAAGCAAUAAAGAAUUGAAUGUACUGAUUAAUACAUUGUUAAAAGAUUCCGAUAACCCCGAGGCGGGUAAAGUGGAGUUCGAUUUUCUGCUGAAUGGAGAAUUUGUUAAAAUUCCUCUCGGACAACAUCUGAAGGAAAGAGAAAUAUCUUUUGAGGACACAGUUGAGCUGGAAUAUGUUGAGCGGUACCCAGCACCGGAACCGCAGGACUGUUUGCUGCACGACGAUUGGGUUUCGGCACUUGAAGCUCGUGAGGGAUGGAUUCUGACGGGAUGUUAUGAUAACACCUUGAAUCUGUGGACCGCUAAGGGAAAGCACAAACUUACCAUUCCGGGACAUAUCGCACCGGUCAAGGGUGUGACAUGGAUUUCGUUGAAUGAGGAACGGGGUGUGUUUGCAAGCGCAUCACAAGAUCAAACGGUCAUGCUGUGGGAGUGGAACGUGGCUGCCAAUUCGGUGGAGUGUGUCCAGGUGUGCAAGGGACACGAACGCGGAGUGGACUGCAUUGCAGCCAAUCAAAGUAAGACCCGAAUGGCAACGGGAAGUUGGGAUACGAUGUUGAAGGUAUGGUCCACGGAUGUACGAGAGGACAGUGAGGCGCAGCCUUCGACCAGCAAACGUCAAAAGUUGGAUCAAAGUAACCCGCGAACACCGAUACUUACACUGGCCGGGCAUCGAGAGUGCGUCUCCGGCGUUCAGUGGAUUGACGAUAAUACAAUCGUGACCUCUUCGUGGGAUCAUACGAUAAAAAUAUGGGAUCUUGCUUUGAGCGGUGUGAAGUCGGAAAUUUCAGGUCAGAAAUCGUUCUUCGAUUUGAGCUACUCACCGUUGAAUGGGUUGAUUAUUGCUGCUUCACCGGAUAAAAAUUUGCGAUUGUACGACCCUAAAUCGAACCAGGGUACUAUAGUUAAAAAUACGUAUCUUGGACACACUCAGUGGGUUCAAUCCGUUUGUUGGAGUACCACCAACGAAUAUUUGUUCGUAUCUGGUGCCUAUGAUAAUCACGUUAAAUUGUGGGACUAUCGCAGCCCAAAGGCACCGAUUUUUGAGCUGAUUGGUCACGAAGACAAGGUGCUGGCCUGUGACUGGUCCAAUCCAAGUAUCAUCAUCUCCGGUGGGUCAGACAACUCGGUACGAGUUUUUAAAUCAAAAGUUGCAACACAAAAGGAAUAAUAACACAUUUGUAAAAUAGACUAAC